AUGGAUGACAUACAUAUAGGUAAAAAAGAUCUAAGCUUCGGAAAAUACAUAGACUUUGUUUUGUUGUUGGUCAACGAAGAAUGGUCGGUAAUCAAAGGGAAGUCAAAUCUGUAUACCAGAACCGGCGAUAAGGGCACUUCUUCUCUUUAUAACGGGGAAAGAAGAUCGAAACAUGAUGAUAUUUUUCACGCGUUAGGAACCGUGGAUGAAUUGAGUUCUAGCAUUGGGAUCGCUCGUCACUAUUGUAUUAGAGACGAUAACGGAUUAUCCGAGAAUCUGAAGGAGAUACAGUGCAAAUUGAUUGAGGUUGGGUCCAAUAUUGCCACUCCGCGAAAUUCAUCAAAUGAGAAUAAAUUGUCGUACACUUCAUUUGACGAGGAAAACGUAACAAUUCUGGAAUCUUGGAUAGAUCAUCUCGACUCUAAACUUCCCCCUUUAAAGAAUUUCAUUCUCCCUUCCGGUGGUGAAAGCGCGGUGUUCUUGCAUCAAUGUCGUUCGGUCUGUCGCAGAGCCGAACGCGUCACGGUGCCGUUGGUAGAAAGCGGUAUCGCUGAGAGUACCGUUGGAAAAUAUUUGAAUAGGAAUGAUGUUGCUAUUAUCGUUAGAUUAAGCGAUUAUUUCUUCGUCGCAGCAAGGUAUGCUGCCAUGUCCGGCGGUUUCUCCGAAAGUUUCUAUAAGCACGGGAGGGAGAAUCGAUUAGGCGAAUUAGUGACAAGGAAUCUGAAAAGUAGCGAUUAG